GUUGGAAAUUCAUGUUGUGUGUUGGUGUUUUUGCGAGAAAGCCGAAGAAGGCAAAAAAUGAUGUCGGUACGGUCUUGAAGUGUUGAAGGAGGGAGGAAAGGAUAGCAGCAGAAUUUUAUCCCAGUGCUGAUGGGAAGGGGGAUGAAAGAAGAAAGAUGUGCAGUAGGAUGCGUCUGCUGCGUUGUUUAUUGCUUGCGAUUAUUACCCUCCUGGAAAUGAAGUAAUAUGGGAGCAUGAAAGAGAAGCAUUCUCGAGGGUAGUUAGGUGAAGAAUAUAAUGAAGCUAGUGAAAACAAGUGAAGGAAAGAUAAUAAAGAGGGUGUAAAGAAUGAGCAAAAUGGCAAACGUGUAUUCAGUGUUGAGUUCCAUUGUCUUGGUAUUGGGUUAUGCAAAUGUCGGAUUAAGCAUACAACAGCCGCCGCAGGAUGCAUACGGUACACACGAGAUGUCUGGCCUUAGCCCGGACGAGUUCCAGCACCACAAUCGCUGCGAACCGAUUACAAUUCCCUUCUGUACGGAUAUCCAGUACAACAAAACCAUCAUGCCAAAUCUGCUGGGGCACGCCAAGCAAGAUGAGGCGGCACUCGAAGUUCACCAGUUCAUACCGCUGGUCAAAAUCGACUGCAGUCCGGACUUGAAGUUCUUCCUUUGUUCCCUGUACGCUCCGGUGUGUACGAUCCUAAACUAUCCGAUACCACCAUGUCGAAGCCUAUGCGAGAGUGCACGUGUCUGUGAAAGCAUCAUGCGGACUUUCGAUUUCCAGUGGCCAGAAAAUUUGGAGUGCACGAAGUUCCCAGUCGACGGGAAGGAGCUGUGUGUAUCACAGAACAAUUCCUCCGAGAGUACGCCGAUUCCACCGAGUGCUAUACAUACUACCAAGCCGCAGGUCCCGCGGAGGAACACCCCUCCCAACGUGCCCCACCGAGAUCUGGGCUUUAUCUGUCCUGUUCAGCUGAAAGCACCGACGAUAAUGGGCUAUCAACUGACGGUCGGUGGAAAGGUCACGAAAGACUGCGGUGCACCGUGCAACUCGAUGUUCUUCUCCGAGAGCGAGCGAACCGUGCUCAAGUACUGGGUUGGCUCGUGGGCUGCCGUCUGCGUGGCAAGCUGCCUGUUCACGGUGCUCACGUUUCUGAUCGAUUCUUCGCGCUUUCGAUAUCCGGAGCGGCCGAUCGUGUUCCUAGCGAUCUGCUAUCUGAUCGUCGGCUGUGCAUACGUGGCUGGACUUGGGGCUGGCGAUUCGGUAGCGUGCCGGGAGCCGUUCCAACCGCACAUCAAAUUGGGCCGGAUGCAGAUGCUGGCGACCAUCACACAGGGCCACCGCCAGUCAACGUCCUGCACGGUGCUCUUCAUGGCCCUCUACUUCUGCAGCAUGGCCGCAUUCGCCUGGUGGGCCUGUCUGGCACUGGCCUGGUUCCUCGCCGCCGGCCUCAAGUGGGGUCACGAAGCGAUCGAGAACCGGUCCCAUCUGUUCCAUUUGGUGGCGUGGGCCAUCCCGGCCGUGCAGACCAUUUUCGUGCUCGCACUCGGCAAGGUGGAAGGUGACGUCCUGUCCGGGGUGUGCUUCGUCGGCCAGCUGGACACUCACUCGUUGGCCAUGUUCCUGCUGAUUCCGCUGUGUGUGUACCUUUCGCUGGGAGCGAUAUUCCUGCUGGCCGGGUUCGUGUCGCUGUUUCGCAUUCGGACCGUGAUGAAGCACGACGGAACUCGAACGGAUAAGCUGGAACGAUUGAUGCUGCGAAUUGGGUUCUUCAGUGGGCUGUUUAUACUGCCGGCGUUGGGCUUUUUGGGCUGCUUGUUCUACGAGUACUACAACUUUGACGAUUGGAUGAUCCAGUGGAACCGGCAGAUGUGCAAGAUCUUCUCGAUUCCUUGUCCGGCGACCAAGUACAACAGCGAUAUGGUUCCGGAAGAGGAGAAGCCAAUCUUCCACAUCUUCAUGGCAAAGUACGUGUGCUCGAUGCUGGUCGGGGUGACUUCGAGCGUGUGGCUUUGGUCCGGUAAGACCGUGGUCAGUUGGAGACAGUUUGCCGAGCGAUUGCAAGGCAAGGACGCUCGAAGCCGGGGAGCUUAUGUUUAGUAGAGAACGGAACGAGCGAAAGGUCAUCCAUGAAGAAAAACGCUUCUACCGAGUCCCUCCACUGAACCAGAACAAGAUUUCUACUAGUAUACCACAACCACACCUGUUUUUCGCGAACUGUUUUAGAGUUUAUGCUUGCUUCAUGGAUGACCACCGAAACCAAAUAGAGGAAAAUUAUCAAUUUACGCACGUAGCAUGAACCCAGGCUUUAAGCAUCACGUGUAGGAAAAAAAAGCGUAUAAUCAAAACAAAAACAAAAAUGGUAGUCACGUACCCAUCAUCGGGAAUCUCAAUCUGUUGAAAAAGUGAAGAACAAUUUCAUAGUUUUGUUCAAAUUUCCACAUUUGAAUGAACGUUGCCAAAUAUGUAGAGAAUUCAACAAUUUUCUGUUGAACCCAUAUUUUCUAGUUUACAAAUGUAACCACUUAGUUCGAUAAGUUCAAGUCCUUAGUCAGCAAGCUACUUAAGUGAUUAACUAUUGUUGUUUCAACUUGUAAAAUUCAGUUUAACAUUAACUUUAGAUAUUAGGAUCAUUUCGUUUAGUAGAUAAGAUGAUCGAUCUGUGUCAUAUAAAUAGACUGUGCGAAUCAAAAAGAAUAAGAACCGUCAUCAUUUCCAUGUUGAUACUGAUUGUAGAAAAGAAGAAAAAGCAAACCAUGUCUGUAAUUAUAUAACUAUCGUAGGCUACUUCGUACAAUAGUAGUUGGUUAGAAUUCGAUUUUAGAUUGGACGGAUUAUAAAAUUGCGAAAUUAUACAUCGUUGGUAUUAGCCGUGAAGGAAUUAUCCACUGGAGAAAAGCUCCAAGACUUUAAUAAAGAAUGCUGAAUAAAUCAUAAACAAA